CUCCAUUAGCCAGUUCCCAUCCUAUCACCUCGCUGAUUCCUACAAUGUCUUCCCUUGCUGUUCCUCGUCCCUCGUCGCCUCAGCCCACACCCAGUAAGAAGGCUGCCGCCGCCCUGGCCGCAUUCUCCCUCGAAUCACCAACCAAACCCUCCAAGAAGGUUUCGCAACCCAUUAUCGACGACGAGCGUCUCCCCGAGUCGCCCAAGUCUAUCACUGAGGAGGAGUCCGUCGACGAAUUGACCCUGCUCAGGCGCAAGUUUGUCGGAGAGGUCGACCUUCCUGAGAGUGAAGAGCCUCUCUUGAAAGAGUCUAAGCGCCGCUUCGUCCUCUUCCCUAUCCAAUAUCACGAGAUCUGGCAAAUGUACAAGAAGGCCGAAGCGUCCUUCUGGACUGCCGAAGAGAUGGACCUCUCCAAGGACCUUCAUGACUGGAACAACAAGCUGAACGACAACGAGCGCCACUUCAUCUCCCAUGUCCUCGCCUUCUUUGCCGCCUCUGACGGUAUCGUCAACGAAAACCUGCUCGAGCGCUUCUCUAAUGAAGUGCAAGCCGCUGAAGCGCGCUGCUUCUACGGCUUCCAGAUCAUGAUGGAAAACAUUCACUCGGAAACCUACUCCCUCCUCAUCGACACCUAUAUCAAGGACCCUGCCCAACGUGACUACCUCUUCGACGCCGUCGACACCAUCCCUUGCAUUAAGAAGAAGGCCGACUGGGCCCUCACUUGGAUUUCAGACCAGAAGUCUACAUUCGCUGAGCGCCUCGUCGCCUUUGCCGCAGUUGAGGGAAUCUUCUUCUCUGGCUCCUUCGCCUCCAUCUUCUGGCUGAAGAAGCGUGGUCUCAUGCCCGGCCUUACCUUCUCCAACGAGCUCAUCAGCCGUGAUGAGGGUAUGCACACCGACUUUGCCUGCCUCCUCUUCAGCCACCUCAAACGCCGACCUCAUCCCGACGUUGUCAAGCGCAUCAUCACUGAGGCUGUUGCCAUCGAGCAAGAGUUCUUGACUGAUGCUCUGCCCGUCAAGCUCAUUGGCAUGAACGCCGAGUUGAUGUGCCAGUACAUCGAGUUUGUUGCUGACCGUCUCCUCGUUUCCCUGGGUAACGAGAAGGUCUACAACUCGACCAACCCCUUCGAUUUCAUGGACAUGAUCUCCCUCCAGGGCAAGACCAACUUCUUUGAGAAGCGGGUUUCUGACUAUGCGAAAGCUGGUGUCAACCAAACCGCUGCGAGCUCGACGGAUGCCUCCCAACCACAAGCGUCGAACAGGCUGUUCUCUCUUGACGAGGACUUCUAAACGACGUCGCCUGCAUCACAUUUCGUCUUUCAUCAUAUCUAUCGCUCGCAUAUCAUCGCUUUCGCUUAUCCUCACAUUGUUGGCAUUUUAGAACUCAAGCAAUUUAUGUACUUUAUGUAGCUCAUCUUCUGUAGUUGUGGACCACUAGGUCCGUUGUAGUAUACCAGUCUAACUUAUGCAAUCCUCACGAAUCCAAACAACUGCUCUU